CAUGUAUACUGAUACUGAUAUAUGAAAUAUUGUAAAUUCUAACACGACCCGCAUCUUUCCCUCCGAAAGUGUGUGUUAUUAUGCAAUAAAAUCACUGUUGAUAAUAUGUACGGAAACAAACCAGACGAGCGUUUCACUAACAUUUUAAUUUACGUAAGUUUAACGUAUCUUUUUACGUAAAUUUGGAAUUAUGCAAAACGUAAAUUUACAUUAGAUGCGUUUCAUACAGAACGUGCAACUAACGCCAGCAGUAAGUGAGCCUUACUUUACGUUUAAACCUACACAAAUGCGUAGCUAAGAAAGUUUAGUGAAACGAAAGUAAAACGUAAGUUCUGUUUACGCAAACAGUUACGUUCAAAUUUGAUUUCUGAUAACGUAAGUGCGUUAGUGAAACGCAACCCAGGUGCAAUUUAGCUUUUAAUAUCACGCACGGCAGUAUUAUAUUUGCUACGCCCUCGUGAUAUAAUUCAUCGCAUCCGAACUCCAGUGAUGUUAUUGAGCGAUAAAAUCACUGUUUGGGAUAUAUUUUUUCUUAAUAGGCUAGGUAUUUUGAAAUUAAACCUCAAACUAAUUCCUUCAGAAAACUUUUCUUGAUAAAAUGAAAGCUUAAGACCUUAUAAAUAACCAAAAAAAAGUCCUCAAAAAAAUUCCUUACACAUUUCCUGUAAAUCGGAUUUAAAUUUAAGCAUAAAACACUUGUAAUAAAAUGGCAUCGAUAGUACACCAUACCUAUGAUUAUUAGACUUUGCUUGACUUCCGGUUAUUUUCCGUAUGACGUAAACAAAAUUUAACCGAACUAUAUUUCCAUUUUAAGAGGAUAAACCCAAACCAAGACUAGAGGUAAGUAUCAUUUCAUCAUCAUUGUGUUGUAUUUACAAAAUCUUAAAAAUAUAUUUGUCAUUUUAUGCACGCAGGCGAAAUCGAAGUAGACAAGUUUUGCAGAUGACAAAUGGUGUAACCUGUUUCCGCGACUUGUAGAAAAUAUAAAUGAUAUUUUCUUUUAAAUAGCUGCCGAAACUUGUUUCAAAUGAUACAUAAUAACUAGAAUAUCACAAUACUAUUCAAAUAUUUAAUUAUAUGCAUGGUUUAUAUAAAAAAUAGUUUGAAACAAAAAUGCGGCAAGGUCAUGCAUUUUUUUUUCUACGGAAGCGGAUAAGCGACAAAAGUCGACAUUUUUUCACUUUCUGUAACAAUUGUAUUUUUUGAGAGUUUUAUGUAGCAUUGCCUUGUUUUUAGCAUCAGAUCAGUUAUUUCACACCAUUUUUAAUAUAUUUUCGUUUUAAUUAGAUAUUCAUUCCUUUCAUGUGUAAAAAUAAGAGGAAUUUAUUAUAAGCAGUUAUGUUGACAUAUUGUAAAUAAAGAAAGUUUAAUCAUACGAAGUUACGUUAAAUUUUUACUGAUUCAGGUAGAUCUGGUACCAUACAGGCAUGUAGUUUGAACACAAGAGUAAAGAUUUGCAAAUCCCUGAGAUAUAUAGCAAUGAGUGGAGAAACGCCUAAAUGCGUCAUUUGUAUGACCUCAGACGAUCAACCAAUAGCAAAACUAGGAGCAAAGGGGUGCGAGGGACUAACUAAAGCCAGCCUAAAUAAGGGUGAUAAGUUGUUUGUUGUUCCUGGAAAUGUUGUUCAUCUAGAAUGUAGACGGACCUACUGUCAUCCAAAUCAAAAAAGACAAACUAGAACAGAAACAGAGUUACCUCAAAGUCCAAGAACCCGACACAAAUCUGAAAAAAAAUUUGAUUUUGAAAAGAAUUGCUUAUUUUGCGGUUCUUAUGCUAAAAUCGGGGCAGGAAAUAAACGGGGAUUUGAUACUUACCCGGUACGAACAUUUGACUUUCAAAAUACAAUAAGAGACGUAUGUACUAAGAGACAGGAUGAUUGGGGAAAUACAGUGUUGGGACGAAUUGAAUAUGCACAAGAUCUGCCGGCUGUUGAGGCACGAUACCAUCAAUUAUGCAGUUCAAACUUUAGAUCUGGAUACAACAUUCCUAAACAAUACCAAGCACCUGAAUUUGUUAACAGUAAAGCUAAAAAAGGCAGACCGACCAAACCUUGUGCUGAAAGUGCUUUCUUUAAAAUAAUUGAAGAUUUUGAAAAUAAUGUGAAUGAUCAAACAACUAUAUCAGAUCUUGUUGAUAAGAUGAGGGAACUUUGUGGAGACAAUGCUUACAGUACUGUUUAUAUGAAGAAAAGGGUAAUUGAGCAUUUUGGUGGAAGGGUAACAGUAACUGAAUUUAAUGGAAAGCAUAAUGUUAUCACAUUCCAAAGCAAUGCUGAUGCCAUUUUACAUGCAUUUUACCGAAGAAAUGGAACAAAUGAUAGUGAAUCAGAAAAAAGAAUGAUAAUCAAAACUGCAGCAAAACUUAUUUUCAACGACAUUAAAUCAGAUAAAUAUCAAAAAGAAAUAUAUCCCAGCUCAUCAGAAGUAAUGUCGUCUGAUUUUAAUAUGAAAUUCUUACCCAACAGCCUUCAGCUCCUAUUAAUAGAAUUAGUAAGCAGUAAAAAAUCUGAAAAAAGAUAUGUUCUAUAGGUCAGGCUAUUAUACAGGCUGCUAUACCAAAAGGAGUUAUUGCACCCCUGCAAAUAGGUUUGGGCGUACAGCUGCAUCAUCAGUUUGAGUCAAAAUUUCUUAUAGAAACACUCCAUACUCUUGGAUUUUGUUCCUCAUAUCAUGAAGUUCAAAAGUUUGAAACUAGUGCAGCUUCUGUUUAUGGAACCACUAUACAAAAAUCGAGUGAUCAAUUCAUGCAAUUUGUAGCAGACAAUGUUGAUCACAACACGGGGACACUUGACGGUUUCAAUACAUUUCACGGCAUGGGUAUUAUUGCAGCAGUAACUCCAGUAAUUGAAAAUAAGCGUGCCAUUCCUAGAGUAACUACAACUAAUGAAGACCUCAUAGCUGUUGGGAAAAUAAAUAUUCACCAGUAUAAACAAACAUUAAACACCAUGGAGCUAUUGAAAUUUAAGAAACUUGUAGAUGUAUAUGACACUUAUCAACCUCCAAAAGGUUUGGACUUCCUUAUUCAAUUAGCACGUCCACUUCGUCUUCAAUCUCCUGGAUGGUCAGGAAUCAUGCAAAUGGUACAAAGUGGUAAUCACCCCGGAAAAUCUUUGGUUAUUUUCAUGCCAAUGAUCGACAUCAGUCCAGGUGAUAUGUCAUGCAUAUACUCAACUCUAAAAUUUGUAGCACUUCAAUGUCGCAGUCAUAGCACAACACCAGUUAUCACGUUUGACCAACCAUUGUACUGGAAAGCGUUAAACAUUAUUAUGAAUGAAUCCGAAGAACGUGAGAUAAAGAAUGUUGUUGUUAGACUAGGUGGAUUUCAUACUGAAAUGAGCUUUUUGGGAAGCAUUGGAAGAUUAAUGGAAAACUCUGGACUUGCAGAAAUACUCGGGACUAUUUAUGCUGCAAACACAGUUGGACAUAUGCUCACCGGGAAGGCAGUAAGUAGAGCCGUGAGAGGGCACUUCCUUGUGCAUGAUGUUCUUUACACCCUAUUGAUUGAGAAGGCAUUCCCCCAACUUUAACAAGACAAUAGUGAUGACAAUAAUAAUAACGAACCCAUUGAUGAGCAUGCUAAUUCUGUAGAUGUUGACACUGUGAGAGAAUUGUUUGAAAAGGUUUUGUCAAAAGAGUUAUUGCCUGAUGAAGUAAAUGAGAACCAUCUUAUUAAAAGCAUGCACUUUGAUUUCCAAAAUGCAAAGAAGUCGUAUAAAGAUUGCAGAACUUCACAACUUUAGUUGCAAUAUAUAGACAUGGUGGACAUUCUAAAACGAUUUAUAGCCGCUGAAAGAAUGGGGAACUGGAAUGGCCACCUUACUGUAAUCAGACAUAUGCUACCUUAUUUUGCAGCAGCUGGCCACAACCUUUAUCUCAAAUCAAGUUAUAUAUAUCUUCAGCAGAUGUCCGAAAUCACAGAAACCAAACCAGAUGUACACAGGGAGUUUAGUGUUGGAAAUCAUGUCAUACGCCGCAGCGACAGGUACUGGGCAGGUCUAUCUACAGACUUGAUAAUUGAACAGGUUCUUAUGCGAAGUGUCAAAUCUGUUGGUGGAAUGACUCGUGGUCGUGGCAUGUCUGAGUCUCAAAGAGCUCAAUGGCUUCUUUUCUAUGCCGGCAUGUGCUGAUAUGAAUAAUGCUAUUCAAGAGUUCACAGGCAAUACAUUUGAAACAAACGAACAGCAUAAAGAAUCAUCAGAAGCUAGAGUUGUCAGGGAUAAUGCUGACCGUCACACUUUAUCUGAAUUUCUACAUGAGCGAAAUCCUUUCUCGGACGAACCUAGUUUAAAGAAAUAUUGAAGCUGGGGCUGUUGCCGAUGCCAAUGUGAAUGUAGACAAAGCAAAACUGAUUGGUCAAACAAUUUUAAAUGAAAUGGAAAACCAAAAUGUGUCUGAUUAUACUUUCAAACGUACAAAUCAAGCAGUAACUCUUAGUACAAAAAACAGUCUAAAGAUUAAUGGUGAAGAAAUCCAUAUUGAUCCCCAGUUACUUUUUCAACGUUUAGUUAUAGUGUCCGACAGCUCCUUGGAAAACAUUGAGGAAAUUUUUGAAUAUGAACUCUGUGCUAAUCCGUCUGCUUUAUUUGAUUCUUCUGGGCUUUUAAGAGAAGCACAAAAGCCUAACUUGACAAAUGCAAUUUGGGAACUUGGGGUUUGUGGUGUUGAUAGUAUAGCGGAGCAUAAUCCAUACUAUGUUUUAGAUGGAGGGUCUCUUGUGCAUAGAAUACCUUGGAACUAUGGAGAAUCCUUUGACCAAAUAUGUUCGAAAUAUGUAAAUCUUGUUGAGAGAAAUUACGGCCAAGCGCAUGUCAUUUUCGAUGGGUACAUCAGUGGGCCUUCGAUAAAAGAUGUUACGCAUUUACGGCGAGCAAAAGGGUUAUUGGUCCGAAAAUAAAUUUUGAUGGGAGAACUCCAUUCAAAAACAAAAAAGGAAACUUUUCUGACCAAUCAUGAAAACAAGCAAAAUUUUAUCAACCUACUCGGAUGUUAUCUCAAAGAAAAAAAUUGUGUGGUACGGAAUGCUACAGAUGAUGCUGAUCUUUUAGUAGCUCUUACUGCAGUAGAAUUAGCUGCGGAAAAACCUGUUGUUGUUGUUGGGAAGACACGGAUAUACUUGUCCUUCUUUGCUACCAUUCAGAUACACAUAAUAAAAAUAUUUAUUUUAAAUCCGACGCCAGAAAAACAUUAAAAAAGAAAAAAAAUAUGGGACAUAUUGAAAAAAAAGCAGUGUUGGGAGCUGAAAAUUGUCGACAUUUGCCAUUUGCACAUGCGUUCACCGGUUGUGAUACAACAUCGCGAAUAUACGGUAUAGGAAAAGGCAUUUUCUUGAAAAAAUUAAUCAAUGACGUCGAGUUAAAAGAACAAGCUGAAGUGUUUUCUCGUGCAUCAUCACAUGCUAAUGUUGAAGCUGCUGGAGAAAAAAACCAUGGUUAAUAUAUAUAAUGGUACGAAACAUGAAGGCUUAAACAAAUUACGAUAUCAAAAAUUUGUACACAAGAUAGCUAACAGUACAACUUUUGUACAGGUACAGACUCUUCCUCCGACUAAAGCAGCAUCGAAAUACCAUAGUUUUAGAGUAUACCUGCAAACACAGACAUGGAUUGGCAAUAAUAUCAAUCCUCUCGAAUGGGGUUGGCUGAAAAUAGAUGAUAAAUUAUCCCCAAUCAAAACACAUUUACCUGCAGCACCGGAACGACUGUUAAAGAUAAUUAAAUGUAGCUGUAAAGCAAAUUGUAACACUAAACGGUGUACAUGUCGCAAACACGGACUCAAAUGCUCUGCCAGCUGUGGUGACUGCAAAGGAAUAAACUGUAGUAAUGUAGAAACAUUCGAAGAAGACUUAAAUGAGUAAUUGUGCAUGAACCAAUACUUAUUUUAAAGACUGAUAGCUGUAAUUGCAAGCUAUAAAUUAGUGUUUCCUACAUAAUAGAUAUAUUAUAAUUCAGUUUUUAUAUUGGAUCAAAAAUUGAUUCCUGUUUUAGAUUAUGUUGCCUUAAAUCCUUUUAAAUCCUUUUUUUACCAUGACUGUUAAUUUUGAAUGUAAGAAACGUUUAAGAAUAAGCAUAACAUACAUUACAAAUGUUUUAAUUAUAGUGGAUGAAAAAUAAGCCAAAUAAUUUAGUCGAGACAGUUAUAAGCUGAAGUGUAUAUACUACGCAAAAAAGGUGGGUGGGGUACAUUUAUAUCUUAUUUUUUUCUCUUAAAAGGUAAUAAAAUAUUUUUUAAGUCAUUUAGUAUUCGUAUCAAUGUUUUGUUAUCUCUAUGGACACAUAUUACGAGUUUUUAUAUCAAAAAUGUGUUGGUAUUGUUGUAAAAUCCCGUAUAUUUCAUAAAAGUGAUAUUUUUAGGUUUCAAAUUUUUUUAAAAGACAGCUUAUUAAAAGUUGAUUUUUUUCAAGUUUGGCUCAUGUUUUUUUUUAGGACUUUUUUUCUGUAGCUCAAUAUACAGUACUGACAAUGAAAAAGCAAUUAGAUUUUCUGAAGGAAUUUGUUUAAGGUUUGACUCCUAUUUCUGCUAAAAUACCUGGACUAUAAAUUUAAGAGAAAAAAAGAAG